AGCAUAGAUCUCUCAAUUAAAUUUGUUUAUAUAUAAGGCCUUAAGGUGGCGGCUUGUUAUGUCAUCUAGCUCACAAUCACAAUGGGAAAAACAAAUAGUUCAAAUUCUUCUUCAUCUAUUAGCAGUAACAGCAACCAUAAUCUUUAUAUUUCUACUGCAUCCUCUCUUACACAUCAACUUCCCACAGAUCUUAGUCUUGGACUCACCAUUUCUCCCACUCAACAUUUUCAUGUUGGCUCAUCAAUUUCAAGGGGGCAAUGGCAACAAAACUAUGACUACAAUAGCUUGUAUGUGAAGGUGUACAUGGAAGGAAUUCCAAUUGGUAGAAAACUGAAUAUACUUGCUCAUCAAAGUUACCAUGAGUUAGUUAAGACUCUUGAGCACAUGUUUGACACUACCAUUCUAUGGGGGAAUGAGAUGGAUGGAGUGCAACCAGAAAGAUGUCAUGUGUUAACUUAUGAAGAUGAAGAAGGGGAUUUGGUCAUGGUUGGAGAUGUUCCUUGGGAGAUGUUUUUAUCGACUGUUAAGAGAUUGAAGAUCACAAGGGUAGACACAUUUGGGUGUUAAAAAUGUAUAUGACAACAAAUGUGCUUGAUUUCAAAUUUUGUUCUGUAGCUAGAGUGAGACUCAAUAGAGUGUGAUUGUUAUGUGAUCAUGUAAUGUAGAAAAAUCUUACUCUAGUUAAUUAGUGGAGUAUGCGGAAAAACAUAGAUGUAAAUGCAUAGCUCUCACUUUGUUUUUUAAUUUCUAAGAAGCAAAUGGAAAAGAAUAGUAUUGUACA